GAUCGGAGUGUUGUAGUUGAAGUAGCUUUUUUUUUAUUUACUCAGCCUUUAUUAUUCACAUAUUCUAAUGCAUAUUGACACUUGAAAACACCUCUGAACAAUUUAUAUUUGUAGAAGCAUUCAUGUUUAUUAAAACUCGGGAGUUUUAGCGCAUUUAUUUUGGUCACGUGACGCGGCGCUGGCACUCCUUCCGGAGCCUGUUCCACGUGCGCUCCCAGAAACUGUGAGCAGAACACUAAGGCUAUGUUCGAAUUUCCACCCUAAUUCUAUUCACUGAUUAGGCCCAUUAAUGAUAGACCACUCACUCAUUAGCGCCCUCUAUAACGUCUUAUUCACAGAGCAGUCCGGACAUGCAGCGCGCUGCAUUCAGGUCACGUGACUAUGGCGUCUAAGUGAAAACCGUCCACUAAACUCCGGUAAACCUUGAUUUAUGUCAUAAAUAACGAUCAGAUCAGACUAACACACAAGGUUUUAUGAACUAAUAAUAAUCAUACGAGUUUUUGUCACCCUGGAUUUCACGUAAACAGACUGGAUUAUUUGCUUUUUGUCUGAAAUGUAGAAAUUACCUGUCUUUUAACAGUUGGAGCUAACUUGAGUAUUUCCUGGCAACUCGAGAAGACGUUCUUUGGAAGGAGUCAGCCUGAAAAUAAAAAAUUACACAAUCUUUCAGCUUCCAAGUCAAAACUAAGACGAUGGACCCAAGAAUAUCUGGGAGGAAAAACUUCCUUUUCACCUCAGAGUCCGUAGGAGAAGGACAUUCAGAUAAAAUGUGUGAUCAGAUUAGUGAUGCUGUACUUGAUGCUUAUCUAAGUAAGGACCCUGACUCCAAAGUGGCCUGUGAGUGUGUUGCAAAAACCGGCAUGAUUUUAUUGGUUGGUGAAGUUACAUCCAAGGCCAUUGUAGAUCUUCAGUUUGUUGUCCGAAACACAAUAAAGAAGAUUGGCUAUGAUGAUUCAGCCAAAGGGUUUGACUAUAAGACUUGUAAUGUCCUGAUUGCCCUUGAGCCACAAUGUGUAGAAAUCUCUGACUGUGUCUUUGGAGGCAGAGAUCAAGAGGACAUUGGAGCUGGUGACCAGGGGCUAAUGUUUGGGUAUGCCACUGAUGAGACAGAAGAGUGCAUGCCUUUGACCAUACUCUUGGCUCACAAACUCAACUACAGGAUGAGGGAGCUGUCCCAUAAUGGAGAGUGUCCUUGGAUACGACCUGACUCUAAAUCCCAGGUAACUGUGGAAUAUAAAGACAACAUGGGGGCAAUGGAGCCACAGCGAGUCCAUACAGUUGUUAUCUCAGUGCAACACAGUCCUGACAUUACACUGGAGGAGAUCAGGCACCAGAUUAUGGAGAAGGUGGUGAAAGUUGUCAUUCCUGACAAGUAUCUGGAUGAGAAGACCAUCUACCAUCUUCUUCCAAGUGGGAAAUUCCUAUUUGGUGGUCCACAGGCUGAUGCAGGCCUUACAGGACGUAAAAUCAUUGUGGACACCUAUGGAGGCUGGGGUGGGCACGGAGGAGGGGCUUUUUCUGGAAAAGAUUAUUCAAAAGUAGACCGGUCUGGAGCAUAUGCUGCACGCUGGGUGGCCAAAUCUUUGGUGAAAGCUGGACUAUGUAGAAGGGCUCUUGUGCAGAUCUCAUAUGCCAUUGGUGUCAGCCAUCCACUUUCUAUCUCUGUGUUUCACUAUGGAACGUCAUCCAGAGAUGAGGAUGAGUUGCUGCAAAUUGUACAGAAGAAUUUCGACCUGAGACCAGGAGUUAUUGUAAAGGAAUUGGGUCUAAGAAGACCCAUUUAUCAGUCCACAGCCUGUUACGGUCAUUUUGGCAGAGAAGAAUUUCCCUGGGAGCAGCAUAAACCAUUGGUUUUCUAGAAGAUGAAUAAAACUGAUAUAACACAAGCUAAAAGCAUAAAUAUAAAAGAAGUGCAAGUCAAUAUAAACCUUUAAUUAAACCUUGUUGCUGUUUAGUAUAUGCUGUACAUAAGUAAACCUGCAUAGGGGCAUGUUAUUUUAUCGGAGCAAGGAAAAGGUUUGUAAUCAUGACAAUAAAGAAACUUUGAACGAG